AUGAGUCUUUUCACAGAAAUUCGUGCAAUAAUUGAUGAAAUAAAAGGGAUGUGCGAGGUUGACAAAGACUGUGAAAGACAAUUCUAUAAUUUGUUGAACGAAUUUAAAACAAAUCCAGUAAAUUCUAAAACAAUUUACACGAAAUUGCUGAAUUUAUUUAGUAACAAUGUCGAUUUACAAGAUAAAAUACGCUUGACAAUAGAAAAAUUCAAAGAAAAACCAGAAGAAAUAACAACAAGAGUAAAUUCAUUCAUAAAUUAUGUAAUGGAGAACUACAAACUUGACAAUUUACGCAUCAAAAUAAACAAUAUCGUUUCGUUCCUAUCAGAAGAUCUAAUAAACGUUGAUAUCGCAGAAGAAUGGUUUUUACGAAAUUUUCCAGAUAUUCAACUCUCUGUGAUACAAGAACAAUUACAUCUACUCACAUGGGAUUUGCAAAGAUCACGUGCUCAAUUUAGUCAUUCUUUAUCAAGCGGAUUCCCUGUUUUAAGUCUUUUACCAGAAAAUUUUUAUUCUUUUCGAUUUCGACAAAUUCCACGCGAAAUCAAGUUCAUUGUAUCAGCAACGCUACUCAACAAGGAGCCAGAAACACAGACAUCGAUCUACAAACUACUAAAACUCUUUGGAUCACAAGUUAUUACAGCAGAAAUUGCUUUGAAUUGGAUGAACGAAAUUGAUUCUUUUUUAACUCCUUAUUUUGAAGAAUUAAUGUUUACAAAUGAACCUUUAUCGUUACAUCCAUCUAAAAUCAUAAGAUUAUUCCAAACUUAUAUGGCAGAUGAACAAAUUCAAUGGGCGAUCGGAGAUCAUAUGAAUAAACUACUUCUGACCACAAAACAAUUGAAAUUUGUUUGCCCAAUGGCUGCUUGUGCUGAUAAAUCUAUGAAAAAUCAACCAGAAAUUAGAACUGAAAUUGAUAUCGACGAUAUUCAAUCGGCUUCGUAUAUUAUUGAUAUGAGAUCAAACAAAAUGUUUAGAUUUGCUAAAGAAAUCGUUAACCAACCGCAGCAAAUUUUUACGAAUUCAGCUUUAGAAAAAAUGUAUGGAAAAAAUGUACCAAAAUGCGACCAACAGACCAAGAAAGAUUUAUUCUCUGGUAUUGUGUUGAAAAGAAGCCUAGAAAUUUGCAAAAAUUGUGAAAAAAUGAAAUUUGAUUUUCAAAGACAAAUUGAACAUGAAGUUCCUUGCUCUUCUCCUUUGUUUAGAGGAAAAUACAAGCAAUAUAUGGAGAAACCAUCAGCUUUGAGAGCUUUGGUUAACCUCGGUUUGCAAUCUAAUCUUUCUGAGGUUUCUAUUGAAAUAGCAAUAGAAUGUUUGAGAUCGAUAGCUGCUAAAAUUGUUGGAAUCGAAGAAAUUUUUAGUGAAUUCAUCGAAAAAACGGUUAGAGAAUUUGAUAUUAGAUAUUUAAGUGAAGAUGCGGCACUUGCAUUAUAUUAUUUGAUGGAAUUUGCAAGAUUCGUUGAAGUUGCUGACUCGGGUUCCCCAGUUGAUGAAAUUGGAGAUUUAAUUUUAGAAGAAAAUCCUCCAUACAAAGAAUUUGGUGAAAAGCCAACAUGUAAUGCUGAUGUAGUUGUUAAAAAAUUCAUGGCAUGCAUAGGAAAUAUAUCAAAAUUAGGAAUUGACAAAGUGAUAUCACAAAAUCCAUCGGGUAUAUUCAUUUUAGGGGAGCAGUUUUGUUUCAUGUUAAAGCCAUCAGAUAGCGGAAUCGUACUAGAUAAUAUUAUUAAUCCUUUCUGUAAGCAAAAUGUUUUGUAA